AUGGAUGCAGCUAUCAUUGCUAAGUAUCGUUCUAUGGAUUCGGGUCAAAGAGCAACGUCGACAGCAUCCUUCAGUGCCAUCUUGCCUUAUUACAUCGUUCGAUUGUUUUCGUUAAUGUGCUACCUAUUGGACACUUCCUUUUAUUUGCAUCUGUAUCGGCAAGGCAACAAGUUCUAUACCUUUUGGUGUCGCCAAGUUUUAUCUCGUCUUAAUGUGGUCUUAGUUGUUGGCAGCCCUUUCAGUGGAUAUCCUGCUACGCAUGCCUGUUAUCGGUGGAUCGUAUCAUCUACAAGCAAUAAGCAGCAAUGA